AUGGAAGCCUUGGUAGAAGACCUAGAUCAUACAACCAUAUAUAAACGAAAUUUGAACUAUAGCGAGGAAAGUGACGAAGAAGGUGGACUAGGCAAUCUGAAUCGGCUGAUAGUUCGCCCGCCAGGGCACAGCGGUAAAGCGAAGCGCGGCCACCUGUGUUUCGACGCGGCAUUCGAGUGUGGGAACCUGGGUCGCGCCGACCACAUUACCGAGCUCGAGUACGACUUGUAUGUCAGGCCGGAUACCUGCCGACCAAGAGCAAGGUUCUGGUUCAAUUUCACAGUGGAGAAUGUUAAGCAGGAUCAGAAAGUGAUAUUUAACAUAGUAAAUUUUGGAAAGGAGUGCACAUUGUACGAUACAGACAUGACACCGCUAGUGAGAUCAACUUCGCGCCAAAAAUGGCAACGAAUCCCAAAGAGAUUUAUAUUUUACCAUAAGUCUUUGGUCCAUCGAGGCCGCAAGAUCCUGAGUUUGGCUUUUGGAUUUGACCGUGAAGAAGACGUGUAUCAGUUCGCAGCAGCGGCACCUUAUUCCUACUCUAGACUGCAAAAAUAUUUAGCAACUUGGGAGAAACGAGCUCAAACCUUUGCCACUAGGAAGACCAUCGCACAGACUACUCAAAAACGUCAAGUUGAUCUUAUCACGAUUGGAGAUUUAAAUGCAAAGGAAAAUGAAAACAAAGACGAGAAUAUUACAAAACUAAAAAGCAACGAAACAAAGAAACGUGUCGUUCUUAUUCUAGCUAGAUCACAUGGAGGUGAACCGCCAUCUUCCUUUAUUUGUCAAGGUUUCUUGGAUUACAUUGUAAGUUCUGCAGAGAACGCAUCUGCACUAAAGGACCACAUAGUCAUACAAAUGGUGCCGAUGUUAAACCCAGACGGGGUAUUCCUAGGCAACCAGCGCUCGGACCUGUUAGGCUCCGACUUCAACCGCUGCUGGCACCGCGCCACCACCUUCGCUCACCCACAGCUUAUCGCCGUCAAAGAGCACAUACGGAAGAUAACUGCUGAAAAGACAUUGCAGCUGGAUUUCAUCAUCGACAUUCACGCUGACAUAAGCCACGAGGGCGUUUUUGUACGUGGUAAUUCAUACGAAGAUGUGUACAGGUUUGAGCGGCAUGCAGUGCUUCCGAAGUUCCUAGCGAUGCGAGUGGAGGCUUGGCAGUCGGAAAACUGCUUGUACAACGCUGACGCGUCGCUGGUAGGCACCGCUCGUCGCGCCUUACCAACGGCCGCUGUCGACGCCUACACACUAACCGUCUCUAUGGGCGGCAGGCGGUUGAACUCUAGGGGCCCUUAUAUACACUACAACGAAGAUGCAUAUGCAAAAAUAGGAAGAGCUCUUGUGAAAUCUCUGUGCGACUAUUACCGACACAUAGGCGUUGUGCCCCCGCGAGUCAGUGCGCCCAGUAAAAAGAAAGAGGCGCGUGGCCGGCGUCGGCGUAGGCGCGCGGCCUACGAGCGGGAAAGGUCGACCAGCUGGUCUCCAGAGCGACGCGUGCUGGCUUCCCGCGUCCUGUCGCCGCCAUUGCCUCGCGCAACGCCGCCACUUCGCGCGUUACCACCGCGAACUAUGAGACACUCAGUUCUACGCACACGACCGCAACACAAACAUGAGGAUAACGCAUUGCCUAUUAUAACUGGUACCGCGGUGAGGACUCCGCGUUUAUCGGUUUUUGAUCUGACCGCAAACAUCCGCACUCCGGAAAUGUUACAACAUAAUCCGUUCAGCUGUUCUCGGAUUCAAGCUAGACGCCCUUCGAGACCAUCGCGAGCCCGAGGCUUCACUAGCGAUGAGUACGAUACCCACGAGUCAGAUUCUUAA